AGGAGGUUCUAGAUUUAGUUCCUGGUUUUGAUUCCUGGACACUUUAUGUAUGUAUGGAACUUUCCACUGGAGAACACGACAGGACAGGAUAAAUAUUCAGUUGAACCGAGUACAUCACGAAUUUAACUUACACGGGAAUCUGUUCUUCCUGUUCUCACGCUGUCAUUCUGUGGCUACGGGGAAACGAUGAGGUGGAUCUUACUUUUCCUAACUGAUGUCAAUUACUACAAGUCUUUCUGAAGUUUUCUUUGAACUCAAGCUCUCAGAUGGAGGAGGCAUAUGCAGCACUGUACCAGGAGUUUCUCCGUCUCCAGUCACUCUGCUUAAAACAAGCAGCAAUGCUGCAUCAUCUCUCUGACACAGUACAAAGACAGCAAGGUUUGGUCUCAGUUCUUAAAAGGGACAACUCUCCUUGCCAGUGCACAGAGGAAAAGACAAGAAACCAGCCCCAUCCCUCAGAACACCAGGAACAAGAACCUCAAAGACAUCUCACAGGACCACACCGUCAAACUGAUAGUGAUCUCAGUCAUAUUGACAGAAGUCUAGACAGACUGCAUCUGAACCUGGACCUUCCAGAUGGGCAUGAUAAAGCAGUUUUCCAGAAUCCUGUUAGGACUCCAGAUAACAGUGCUUGGGAUGACUUGAGGAAAGCUGAGCAGCGCUAUCAGGUCACCCAGACUUCACAACGGCUGCGGAGGCCCUGGUCAUCCUCCUUUCUGGACAGUGAGUUGGUGAGUCAGGCCGGAGGUCUCUUCAUGUCUGAAGUCACGCUGCAGUCACAGGUGUGUGAGUUCUGUCAUGCCGUGUUUCCUGGACAUACGAGCACUUGUGGAGAAUUUCUGCGUCAUCUCACCACACACAUGACCUGAACACAUGCAGUGCUGAGAAUGUGACUAUGAGAUACAUUAUUGAUAAAAUAACUGAUAGAACAAAUAAACUAAUUAUUUUCUUCAUCAUAAUGUUUGAUAUUAAAAAACAUUUUUGUUUGGUAUUACAAAGACCAUUAGAUUUUGUCUAAAAAAAGAGUGAAUCCAUUUAGAAUAAAGUAAGAUAAUAAGAUAUGGUACAGUGGUUAGUCAGUAUGUACGGUAAGUCAAAAAUGGUACAUAUGGUACGUCAAUACUGAAAAUGUAUGGAAUAGACAAUUAAAUGUUUGAUAUUAAUACUGUAUUUUAAGGUUUGGUAAUUAAAUGCUACGAAAGUUUAAUUUUGGUUCACAGAUGUUUAAUGCACUGAUAAACCAAGAACAACAACAAAAAGACAGCUCUGUCACACCAAAAACUUGUAAUUAUUUUGUUUCAUCACAAAAAUGUGCCUGUUUUCUAUGAAUGGAAAUUUUACUAUGACUAUAUUGUUUUCCCAGUUUGUCAUACAGCACACAGUGUGAGUAAUCAGUACUGUGUGGAUAAUUGUGCAGGUUUUUUUCAUGUUUUUAUAACAGUUUUGUUGAACUGUCACUGAUCACCAUCAAUUAAAAAAUAUGAGAACUUGAGCAGGUUGUUUACUACCAAUGAAAGACAAACUGUUUGUAGUGAUAGUAACUUCAGUUGUUAUAUGUAAGGCAUCAAUUGAAAUCAAACGUGUCCUGCGGUUGGCAUUAAUGCUAUGAAAUCUCAGCUGAUCAUCGUUGACUUUCUGUAUAGUUAUGCUUUAGCAAGCAAGCUGUCAAGUGUAGAUGUGAUAGACUGUUUUUUAUUUCUUUGGCUUUUGUUUAACAAAGGUUAAACCUUUUGUUGUGUUUAAAAGCUGUUUGUUUUGGUUUCAAAACUUAUUCAAAUAUUGGGGGAAAUGAAAUAAUGUGGAUAUUUACAAUUCAAUUUCACCACUCUAUCUCAGAUAUAUUUAAACUUUUUCCAGGAGUAUAUCAUUUGGAAAGAAAGAAGCACACGGUGCCUUGAAAAAGCACUCAGCCCCCAAACAUGAUUUCACACUAGGGGUGUAACAGUAUUACAUUUUGACGGUAUGAUAACCGCCACAAAAAUUACCACGGUAUUACGGUAUCACGAUAUUGAGGUGCAUUGAUAAUAUUAAAAGCAGUUUAAUAUUUGGUUAUGAAAUAGGCUAUUUCUGAUAAACACAGAUAAAUAUUUCAGUUAUAACCAAUUCUUGAACUUAAUUUUGGGUUUCUUCAACUUUAAUCCUUUAACUUUUGAUCUUGAACAUCAGGACACUGACAAGGUAAAAUAAAAGAAAGAAAAAAAAAUCACAAACAGGUAAAACAUUAAUAAAAAAAUUUGUGUUCUGUUUUUUUGCAAUAUGUACAGUAGUCAGAUGAUUAUAACUAAAAACAUUUUGUUAUUGUUAUUUUAUGAUUUAUGAUAUUGAAUUGUAAUCAUUUGUAAUGAUUAUUGCCCAGAUUAACACUUCAAAUAUGCAUUUGCAUGCGUUCAGUAAUUUGUUGCAUUUGUGAUUUAGUUUAAUUCUACAAUACCUACUGAAAAUAUAUUAUUCAUGUGCAGUGUUAUUAUUGGCAUUUUGUCCAAUACUGUCUAUUUUCUGCCACAGUUUCACUGUCAGUUUCUUGCAUGCAUGACAAUUUUCUGAACACCAAAAUUCAUGCACUUUGUAAACCCUAUUUAGACCUACAGUAUGUUUUACAAAUAAAACAUAUUAUUAGUAGUAUCAAACACAUUUGCCUACUGUUGCACUGCACUU